AUAUUUUUUUUUGUUUCAGACUUUUGAACUAGAUGAAUUCAGAUCAUAAACAAUAUAAACAAUGGACCGUAAUCAUUUUUGUAUAAUUUUCAUAAUUACUCUAAUUAAGUUAAGCAGUUGUGCUCCCGAAGAAGACAAUCGGUCCAAACGAAUUCUUCUUGACGAUAACUACUAUACCAUCAUAAACGAACUUCAUAAUUUGUCAAAAGAAGUUGAAAUUUUGAAGUCGGAUAAUAUUGUUUUGAAGUCUGAGAACGCUGUUUUGAGCCAACAAAUACACGAUCUUAAGGCAGUCAAAAAUGUUGCCUUCAGAGCCACAUUGAGAACCACAAUUAC